GAUACUUUCUCAACUGUAUUAUAGCUUUCUCAAUCAAACUUAAACUUUUGCAUGUCUAUAUAUUCCCUCAUUCGAAACCCCACUUCUCACCGAAUUAGUCAUUUUAUCAUAGUUAUAUAGUGAGAGAUGGCUUCUAAAUUGUUCCUUGUUUUGCUCCUUGGUGCUCUUGUUGUUUGCUCCACUAGUGCAAGAAAGCUUGUGGAUGAGAAAGGCUCUUUUGAGGACCAGAAGAACUUAUUUCAUCGCCGCCCUAAGUUUGGUCAUGGUGGCUGGCUUGGUGGUGGAGGUGGUGGCGGGUUUGGAGGAGGAGGUGGUGGUGGGUUAGGUGGUGGUGCUGGUGCUGGAGGUGGAGCAGGAUUUGGUGGAGGUGCUGGCGGUGGACUUGGUGGAGGUGCUGGUGGUGGUGGAGGUGGAGGGUUUGGCGGUGGAGGUGGUGCUGGUGGUGGAUUAGGAGGUGGUAGUGGUUUUGGAGCUGGUGGUGGGUUUGGAGCUGGUGGUGGUGCUGGCGGUGGAGUUGGUGGUGGUGCUGGAGGUGGAGGUGGAUUUGGAGGAGGUGGUGGUGGCGGCGUUGGUGGUGGAGCUGGUGGUGGGUUCGGUGCUGGUGGUGGCGCUGGUGGUGGACUUGGAGGUGGAUUGCCCUGAAUAAGCAAAGAAGAUUCCGUUUAAAACGAUCAUUUACUAUACAAUUGUUUUUGAUAUAUAGAACAAUUACUACAAUAAUUUGAUUACUCUAAUUUUGUAUGUAAUUGUCUAUUAAUUACUUCCAUUUUGUAGUUUUUUUCACGUUCUUUGCUCUUUUCCCAUCAAGUGUUAAUGUAAUGAAGUGAAAAAUGAAAUAAAAUAUUAAUAUUUUAAGAAUAUUAAUUAAA